AUGUUCAGUCACGAUGAUGAUGACGACGACGACGACGACGAUGAUGAUGAUGAUGAUGAUGAUGAUGAUGAUGAUGAUGAUGAUGAUGAUGAUGAUGAUGAUGACGACGACGACGACGACGGCCAUUAUGGUGGUGGUGGUGGUGGUGGUGAUGGUGGUGGUGGUGGUGGUGGUGGCGAGGCGUCUUUUGUGUGUCGGGGACGUUCACAUUGCAGUGGGCAUGAAGACUUCCGGUCAUGCCAAAUCGGGAUUUGAACGCAUUAUUCUGGGGAGAGCAGUCGGAAAGGCUGACCUAACCGAAUAUUCUGGUUUUAGUUGUGGUGUAGGAGGUGGGGUGGUCAUGCUGAUAUUGCGGUGGACUUGAAAGUCACCGAGAACAGCCCGCACGCUGAACGGCGGUCGACAGUGUAGGCAUGUUGGCAGUCUAUGAAUACUUAUGACAUUGAUAUGUGACAUUCGAGUUCUGCAUGCCGUUCUCAUAACUUUGGCCUCCACUACUCCUCUGACUUCGACGAUUUCUGCUACGAUUUUUCGUGGUAGUUUGCAAAGCCUCCUGAUCCUACAUGAGGUACUCUCGGAUCUUGCGAAUUCUUUUCAGAUGCUCGCGCGAGGCGUCCACGGCGUCCUUGUAUAGUCGUCUCGUCUGUAUGGUCCAUGCACACUCUGUACCUACGUAACCGUAAUUUAUUCGCUCUAACAAGCCUUCGCCAGAUAUCCUCACGGUGUGACCUUUUCAUUGCAGUUGAACCUGCUUCACGGUAGCGUAGACUUUAAACAAGUCCGUCCCCUCAGGGAGGUCGGUUUGGGGGAGUCCCUUCCUCAUACUGUACCUUCGGUAUGCGUCCUAAACGAAUGGGCUUAAAGUGGACUUUCCUUGCCUAGCCGUAGUACCCUGUUCACGCCUUCGCCACGUACAGGAGCGCGGGCAGGAAAAUAACGGAGGUCACGGCGAUUUCCGUCUGAGUGCCCCAGUCUACCGAAGGUCAGACUGGUUUUGGGGAUCCGCUUUAUGGUUUCAGCCUUGAUAUUGAUGUUUCCUCCGAUGGUACACCCUGAAUAUGCAAAUUUGACCACAGAUAUGGAGAUUGCUCUAUUGGCAGUUACUAUGGUUUACCUAUAGCCAUCAGUUGACCUCGGUCAGUAUAUGGUCACUGCAUUCUCCGUGCAAAUGGUCAGUCCAAAUUUUGAGCAGCCGGGGGCAAAGAGGUCCACGCUCCACUGCAUGUCCUCUUCGGCUGUGGUGUUCGGCGUUCAGGUCGUCCGCGAAUAGGAGUUCUUAGAAAUUAACCUUGAAUAUUUGCGUACACCAUAGGUUAAGUAGGUGUUUGUUGGUUUAGUAUAUAAUAUCGAUCACAUGUAAGCGCCCAUUUAGCAAGGUUGGUAAAGCAAGGCUAAAGGCGAGGCGAGGCGGUGUUGAGAAGAGAGCUGUCUCAACAGUUAUCAUAGAGUUGCCGGUUCGCAUUAUAUAUGUACAUGCGCACGAUGGUGAAAUCCUUGAGGUCUUAGGGGAUAUGUCCCUGUCAGCACAUUUCCUGGUAAGCUUUUCCAUGAGUUGUGGUCUGCCGUACUUGUAAACUUAUGUUGAGGAUUGCAUGGACAGCUGUUGCACUGCUCUUAUUGCUUCUGGGAGGGAGGGCAGAGCGUGGGGAUUGUUAUUGGUGUCCUCUUGAGGAAAUCGGUUGAUGAUCUCUUCAUAUAUUGUGGGGGGGGGGAGAGGGGGGGGAUGGGUCGGGACGCCCUGAAAGCGUCUAUCCGAGUGAUCCGGGUUCUGUAAUUUCUCCGUCAGUAGGAUCACUCCGUCCUGGCUAAGAAGUGGAGCGGCCCCCCUGGCUUGAGGACCAUAGACUGCUUUGACGGACGCGAAGGAAUUCUUCACUUCAUCGCGGUCUGUAUAUCUCUAGAUCUCCUAAAUUCAGCGAGUCAGCCAGCCGUUCUGCAUUGUCUUGAACCUCUGCUCUACUAGAUUUCAGCAUCGGAAGUAUACUACUUUACUGGCGUUACUGUCGUUGAUGGUGUGUAGCGGGUUUCUUCUUCUUCUUCUUCUUCUUCUUCUUCUUCUUCUUCUUCUUCUUCUUCUUCUUCUUCGUCGUCGUCUUCUUCUUCUUCAUUACAAUCAAGCCAGUCCUGGUGCUGUUUAUGGGCAUGAUCAAGGGUCUCCAUGGUAA